UUGUUAUUUUUUUUUUUGAGAACGAAUGAUCCAGCUGAAGGAAAAGUAAAUAAUAUGCCUACAACCGUUUGCUGACGAAUGCCAGUUUUGUGAGUGUAAGAAAGGAACAUAUCUGGAAUGAGGUAUCUCUGACAGUGUGUAUCAGGGUGUUUGCUCCGUCCUCUUGACCCCACCGUACCUGUCUGGCCAUGGAGAGUUUUCCCAAGCUACGGAAGCUGUCCACCGACUACGGAAUGGAGAAUUCCGACUUUUUUGGAGAGGAAAGUGACGAAGACGCCAGCAAUGACAGAUACACAUCAGAAGAAGACAAAAGGCAAAACCACAGUGAGAUUGAGAAGCGUCGUCGAGAGAAGAUGAAUACCUACAUCCAGGAGCUGUGCGCUUUGGUGCCCACCUGCAACUCCAUGAAGGCCAAACUGGACAAGCUGACCAUCCUCAGGAUGGCCGUCCAGCACGUCAAGUCACUAAGAGGAUCUGUGAGUUCAAUCCACGAGACCAACAUGAAGCCAGCAUUCCUAGCAGAUGAUGAAUUGAAAAGGCUCAUAUUAGAGGCUGCAGAGGGGUUCCUGUUUGUAGUAAGCUGCGAUCGGGGUCGGAUGAAUUACGUUUCAGAGUCGGUCAGCCACAUCCUUCAUAUAAGCAGGGAGCAUCUGAUUGGCCAGAGCCUGUUUGACCUCAUGCACCCAAAGGACGUGUCAAAGGUCAAAGAGCAACUCUCCUCCUCCGACCUUGUUCCCAGAGAAAGAUACAUUGAUGCAAAAACGGGUCUUCCUCUCAAGUCGGACGUGGUGCCCUCCCCGCCUCAGCUGCUCUCCGGUGCGCGUCGCUCCUUCUUCUGCCGGAUGAAGAUCUUCAACCAAGUCUUGAUGGCCAAGCUGGAGGACGAUCGGAUGUGCAGCAAGAAACGCCUCAAGCAGGGCUCAGACCGGAAGACCUAUGUCACCAUCCACUGCACAGGGUACCUCAAGAGUUGGCCCUCUGCCAACUUUGGCAGCAGCAUGGACAACGAGAACGAGAACGACGGCUGCAAUCUCAGCUGCCUGGUUGCCAUAGCGAGGCCUAUUCAAAUGCCCCAUUCGUCCAACAAGGAGAGCAGCACAAUCCAGCCGGCAGAGUUUGUGUCGAGGCACGCCGUGGACGGCAAAUACACUUUCGUGGACCAAAGGGCUACAGCAGUGCUAGGUUACCUACCUCAAGAGCUCCUAGGCACAUCGUGCUACGAGUACUUCCACUCAGAAGACAUCCAUCACAUGGCAGAGAGCCACAAAGCUGUUUUGCUUGCCAAGGAGAAGAUUUUAACCAACGUCUAUCGACUGCGGGCAAAGAACGGCGUCUUUGUCCAGCUCCAGACCAGAAUGUUCUGCUUCCGCAACCCAUGGACUAAAGAUGUGGAGUACAUUGUCUGCACCAACACGGUGGUCAGACCAGAUACAGUUAUUGAGACAUCAGAUGUGGGAAGUAAAAGUGACCGUGUUGACAAAAUCAUCUGUGAAGUUGAUUCAUCCAAAUCUGUGUCUGUUCCCGGUGUGCCCCUCAACACCCACCUAGGGGCGGGCAGGAUCGGACGCAUGAUUGCUGAGGAGAUUCUGGAAAAUGAAAAGAACGAUCCUUCGUACGGUAUGAACAGCCCCAGCGAUGUCAUGCUGAACGGGUCCCGAGCACCGACGCCUAGAGCCGAGAAGGCCGUGGAGACAGUACAAGCCCAACAAGCUGAGAAAGUCAGCUUCUUUGGUUCGGCCUCGUCCGGCCAACCCCUGCUCCCCAACGCCUCGCUGACCCCCUCCGACAACCCCGGCCUCCUAGGCCAGAUGUCCUCCCUACUGGCCAUGACGUCAACCAGCGCUGCGGGAAACGUCCCCGCAGCCAACAGCAACGGCAACAACGGCGACAGCAACGGCGGGGGGAAUAAUAACAAUGGGGGCGGGGAUAGCGUAGGCCCGCCCCCUCCUGCGGGCGGUGACGACGAGGCUAUGAUGGCGUUCAUCAUGAGCUUGCUGCAGGCCGACGCCGGGCUGGGCGGCUCGGUGGACCUCACCGACCUACCCUGGCCGUUAUGAGGUUAGAGUUACUGAGAGGUUAUUCAACAGGACCCAGUGUAUAUUUACAGCGAAAUUAAGGUGCUUAUCAUGUGUGUGUGACAUUACUGAAACAAAACCAAAAUAUAUAUUGUAACCUCUAGAAAUUGAAUCAAAAAUAUAUAGACCAAAGUUUGUAAGAUGUAGUGGAAGUUUGCAAGCCAAAAGCCGAGAUUUCUGGAGGGGGGGAUGUGUUAAUAAAAUCUUGAAAUAUAAAAUUUGUAAUUUGUAAUGUCCUAAAAUAUCCGUACAAAAAAAAACAAUAGAAAAUUUCCUAUACCAAAGGUGGGGUGGGAAGGCUGGACACCAUGUGACAAUCGGUGGCGCUGUUUAUAAUAGAAACUUGUAUAUGGGUACAUGCUACGCAUUUUUUGGUGAUAUCCAAAUGGUUUCUACUGUUCACCAUUCACCGUUUUAUUGUUAAGUCAAACUGAAGUAGAGCUUUGGGUAAAUUUUGGUAAGAAUAGGAUGUGAGAAAAAGAAACAGCAUGUUUGCAUUAAGGGCCGUUUAUUUACAUGACAUCCUUCUCCCAUUUUGGCUUCGUGCUUAGAGCUUUGUCAAGUACAUGUCACAGUUGUUUGUCUGCAACCGUGACAGUGUCUGGGUCGUCGUGUUUCGUGUCGCACGUCUUGUCAUAUGCAAUCACUGAGUUGGGCAGUAUUUUAAUAUAAGUGAACUGCACAAUUUAUGUACUUAUUACACGCGCGUGCAACCAAAAAAAAAAAAAAAAAUGUCAAACACUGUACUGCCUGUUAUAGAUUUGGCUAGAUUAAAUUUUAAAAAGUUGAAAAAGUGCCAUUAGUAGCAUUGGAUUUGUAUAAGUAGCCCACCGGUUUAAGUUAAUUUCUGUGAAGUGAUGUAUAGUGUGUACGUCUUGUCGUUUGGUAAAACUAGAGUUGUUAUCGUGUCAAGUCACUUGUCAGGUCCGAAGUAGCAAGUGAUGAAAAUUUAACAAAGGAAUGCCUAUGUCACAGAUCAGUUUAAUACAGGGUGACUACAAAAAAACAGAACCCUCAAGCGUCCUCUUUUUCACAGCUUUU